GUCUUUACGACACUUCCCCGUCACUUUACGGCACAAACACAUGAACGCUUGUGCAAGGAAAACAUGAGAGGUCAAAAGUUAUGGUCGUAGAGUUGAACAAAUACGGAACGUAACGCUCAAAUAUGGUAGGUCUGCCUUAACGUGUAACAACCCUUACGUGUACUAAAAUAAGAGCAUAUUUAGGAGUUUGUUAGAUCUUUUUACAUGGUUUGUUUUUAAAGGCUAAGCUAAUCGUUAGCUCAGGUGCAAACUGAAUGACCAAACACGACGUAAACAAAAGAGACUUGGGUUUGAAUCGUGUUUCAGUUUCACCUUUAUCUGAUGGUUGAUCGUGUAUCACAGCUUCUCAGUCUGUAUUGUGUUUGUUUAUUGUUUCAGGCCAGUUCCAUGGUGGCAGUGGGACUGGCUCUGGCAGCAGCUGGAUUUGCAGGUGAGUGAGUGACAAGGUGAUCAACACGUUUCUAACCUUUUCAGGAAAGUGAGGGAAGGAUACACAUCUGCUGUGCAAUAAUACACUUUGAAACAUGCACCAGUUCAUAUUUUGGUAUUAUGUGUACAUUUCAGAGCAUGUGUGUCCUAUCAAACAUGCAGCCACAUUUGACAGAAGACACACUGGACAGUAAAUCGAACUCAAACUCUGACGAAAACUGAAUAUUGAAAUAAUAGGCCUCAUUAUGUUGAAUAAUAAUCACACAUGUUUUUGAUCUCAUUGUAUGGUAGCUACAUAGAACAUAUUUACUUUUAAUGCAGAAAUAGUAUAAAGAAAAUAUCAGCCCCACAACUGAAUAUAAGGUGAUUUUCAGAGUUUGUGUUUUUAAAUUGCGAUAAGGGUUAUAAUGCAAACUUUAUGUCAAUGUCAAUGUCAAUGCCAGCUUUAUUCUUAUAGCACAUAUAAAAACAGCCAGUGGCCUACCAAAGUGCUUUACAGUAAAAUAGCCAGAAACAGUAAGAAACUAUAAAACAAUAAAAGCAUAAAACAUAUAAAAACAUAAAACAACAAUAUAGAUAAACAUAGCAAAUAAAUAAAAUACCAAAUGAAAGUAGCUAUACUGCCCCAAAAGCUAAAAGGGAACAGGUGCGUCUUCAGAAGUGUUUUAAAAGUGGAAAGGCUGUUAGCAGUAGGCACUGUCAGAGGUAAAGUAUUCCACAAGGUGGGAGCCAUGACAGAAAACGCUCAAUCUGCCCUAGAUUUUAAAAAGGAUCGAGGAAUGUCUAAAACCACCUGAUUAGCUGACCUUGGGGCUCUGGAGGGCUGACGCAAUUUGACAAGGUCAGACAGAUAUUCUGUGGCCAGCCCAUUCAGAGACUUAAAAACAAAUAAAAGAAUCUUAAAAUCAAUCCUGUGCCUAACAGAGAGCAAGUGAAGAGAGGAAAGCACCGGAGUUAUGUGCUCCCAUUUCUUAGUCUCAGUUAGGAGAUAAGCUGCGACAUUUGGAAUGAGCUGCAAGCGGUUGAGCUCUGACUUGCCAGUGUUGAUGUACAGGGAAUUACAAUAAUCUAAACAAGAUGUGAUUUUUGUCCUUAAAAGCCUUGAAAAGUCAUAGGUUCUGACAUUUUGAGGUCCAAAAAAGUCUUCAAUUUUCAUUUGUGAGAGGUCUUACAUUUGAAUUGAAAUAGCUCAUUUUUUAGGGAAAACAAAAGAUGUGAUGCAACAUUAGUCAACCCCACCAACUGCAAAGCAUAAUAACAGUCAUUAUAUCUAAACCAUUAUGAUAUGGCUUUUUGUAUGUCAUAGAACCCUUGUAUUCAAUAUAAAUAUGCUGCCUUCUUCUCCUCUGUUUGUCUCCCAGGUCGCUAUGCCAUGCAGGCCAUGAGGCAGAUGGAGCCUCAGGUGAAACAGGCUCUCCAGAGCUUCCCCAAGACAGUAAGAGAGCAAACAUUCAUACAAAACUGCUGUAAAGUUCAAAACAGAAGUUCAUCUGCUCAGGACCUCUUGGUUUUUCACCUUUCAGGCUUUUGGAGGAGGGUACUAUAGAGGUGGUUUUGAACCAAAGAUGAGCAAGAGAGAAGCGUCUCUAGUUUUAGGUAUCAGGUAUGUGGACAUCAUUUCCCUCCCUUAUCACCAACUCUAUACAGGCCGACUUGAGGCAGCCACUCAUUUGUUAUUGUACAUCCAGAAUCAUACGGAGGUCAGAGGAUUUGGUGUAUAUGUCAUGAUUUUGUAUUUAGCUUUUUUCUACCUUUUUCUCCAUUUAAGAGAGAGUGUGCUUACCGCAUAUUUUCUCUCUCAUUUUUGGGCUAGUACUCACUUUUUAUCAUUUCUCUGCCUUUCAGCCCAACAGCAAACAAGAAUAAAAUCAGAGAAGCUCACAGAAAACUGAUGGUCCUAAACCAUCCAGACAGAGGUAAGUGGGAACUUUAUGUGUCCACGGUUUUCUUUUAAUCCUCAAGGUGUAAAGUAGAUUGAUGAGAUAAAUACAGAUUGUUUUGCUGUAUCUUUUAUUUGUCUACUUUGUUGCUGAUUAGAAAGUGUGAAACACUAAAUUCAAGACGCAUGUUGUGUGUUAAUGUGCAUGUGUGUUUUCCCACAGGUGGAUCUCCCUACCUAGCAGCAAAGAUAAAUGAAGCGAAGGAUUUGUUAGAUGCCCAAACCAAGAAAUAAAUAUGCUGGUGAUGACAUCAAUUGGAUCACAUGCUGAUCUCCUCCACACUGUUGCACUGACUGACUUGAGUGUCUUUUCUAUCUGAAUCUUCUCAAUUAAAAUCACUAUGUACAAAUUGUUAAAAGA